AUGCCAAACCUUCCAUGGGAAAUUCUCAACCCUAUUAUCCGGUCUUUGGACCCUUUCCAGGCAAAGAAAGCGGCAAAUGCAUUAUCUUUCAUUGACGAAGAUGAAUCCCAUCGCCUCUGGAGGACGAUAUUCAAAGAUGAUGCCUGGAUUAAAAUGGCUCUUAACUGUGGUUCCGAUCCCGUACUCAUUGGGGCUAACCUCCGAACCGUUACAAAUUCAUGCCAAGCAAAGAAAGGAGGGAAACCGCUCUACAUAGUGCUUCGGGCGAACGACUGGUCUGGUGACACCCGCUACGCCGGCGUUACGUCCUUACGACGAAGUCUACGAACGGACCAUUGCUAUGACCAAAAAAAUCACGAAGUGACUCUGCCAAAGCUCAGCUGGUAUAAUACAGCUAACAAGAAGAUCACCGUUCCUAAAAUCAAACUCAAUGUCAAAGACAUAGUCUUCGGCGCGGAGAUAAUGGAGUUGAAGGGCAAAACUACCCGAAAGUUGUUUGAACAGAAUCCCCUUCGGUCGAACUUCUGCUUUUACUCGAGUGGAAAUAUUUGCACGCUAGCAAGUCCAAACAUUGUUGGC